AUGUCCGACUCGGAAUCUUCUCUCUCGACGCCGCCGGCGACUGACGACGAGAUGCCCGUGGACCUUCCGCCCGUCAAGGCGACCAAGGCAAAACCCCAAAAGAAGAGGAAGAAGAAGGAUGGCACUAUUCUAUCCUUCUUCGAGCCGCCGCCGUCUCCGCCUCGCAAGAAACGAGCGCCGUCACCCCCGCAUGAGCCAGUCCCAGAAGACAAUCCAGAUGUUGCUGUUAGUCUCCGUCGCGUCCAUCGCGUCUCCGCGCGACGUGAUCGCAUCUUCCACGCCCGGCCUCUACUCAUGUUUCGGUCCCGCUUUACAGAUGCCUUCCCGACCAAAUGCCCUCAUCUCGGCCCACAAGACGUCGAGCGAGGUGUCGCUGAGCCGACCCCGUCGCCGCAGAUCGAGAGCCUGUUGUGCGCCCUCCUUGGGCUCGUCCUCAAUCGCAAGAAGCCUGUCGAAAAAGGACACUACGGUCGCGCUCUCGAAGAGGCUAUCCAAACACAGAAAUCCCAGUGGCCGCGGUCAUGGAACUACAUAAAUCCCCUCCACGGGGGCCGCUCAUUCAACAGCAUGGCGCCGUCGGAACGCCUCAACCUCCUCAAAACCCUCGUCCUAUGGAGUCUGAACCAAUCCGAAGUCGUAAACGCCACUAUAAAAGAGGCAUACAAGUCGCGAUCAACAAAGGACAAGAGCGAUAUGAAUAUCCCUCUGUCUGUGCAGCCGUGGGGCCGCGACGGUGACAAGCGACGCUACUGGUUGAUCGAGGGGCAGGACGAUACAGCCUUCCGUGUCUACCGCGAGAGCAACCCGCUGGCGAAGAAUGUGACUUGGUGGAGUGUCGCAGGCUCUAUUGACGAGCUGCGCGAGCUGGCAAAGAAGCUUGAGGAGGAGGAUGGCACCAAGGAGGCGAAGGUGCUGAGCGAGCGCAUGCUCAAUGCCAUCCCGCGCUUUGAGGCUACCGAAGUGAAGCGCAAGCGCCGUGAGUACCGCCUCGCGCGCGUCGCCGCCUUUACUCGCCCGGAGCCCGGAUUCUCCCUCUACGAAGGCCGUACCCGCGGCAAACGAUUGAAAUAUACUUUCUCAGACGAAGAAGAGAUUGACUCGGAUGCGCUGUCUGUACGUCGAUCGACCCGCAACUCCGGUCGGGAAACAUCAGCUGCGCCAGCUGGUCCUACUGUCACUGCGAGCGGUCGGCAGGUUAGGUCCCGAACAACGGGCAUGUACGGCGAAUCUUUACUUAGCGGACAGACGACGGAGCGAGCAUCACCAGCGACUGGAGACUAUGUGCGAUCCGACGCAUCAGAGGAGCCGCAGCGUCCUACGCAUGGUCGGGCUACUCGCGCCGCAGGGAAUACGGUCAACGGCUGGCCGCGGGGUCGCAAGCAUAUCGAAACAUACAAUUCAUUGGACGAGAUGGAUGAUGAGGAUGAUGCAACAUCGUGGGAUGGUGGUGACGAGGAUGAGGACGAGCCUGACCAGAUGGACCUCGAUGACGACAAGGAUGAUUCUGGCGACGACGCCUCCGACGAAGAAAUGGAGCCUAAGAGCCUUGUCGUACGUCUGAAGUAUCCGAAAGGGGCAUUCAACCCCCCGAAAGCUGUGCCUACCGUUCAAGAGGAGGAUCUCAUCAAGCCAGAGCCGGCAGCGCAGCAGAGCGCCGCACCAACUGGCCCGGCUGUAAUUGGCAUGGGUGGGCCCGCACCUUCGCCAGCGCACAUCGCGCAAUUGGCAGCACGUCCUCAGUCCUUCUCGAACAUGCCUUCCAACGGCAUCCAGGCACAGCAAGGACAACCUGCAGCUCGCGCAACGGUCCCUGUUGUUCAAGGACCUCUUCCGUCGGGCGACCCGCAUACGCUUCCGAAGCUGGAGUCUUUCUUCUCGCCGACCCCGCCUUACAGUGCGCCUGAAGAGCCCAACCCCCAAACCCAGUUCCCCGUCUCCAAAGCCGAGCCUUCCCAGCCUCCUCACCCCUUCCCGACCACGUUACCGACUCCUACGCCUGCCUCGAGCUGGCAGUGA